AAGAACUACAACACAAUUUGCGCAUGCGCGGGUCCUCCAAAACACCGAAAUUACCGCAGGAGGAUAUUGAAGGAAAACAAUGCAAUAUCUUGUGUCUGCAGUGUGAGCUCAGUGUGACAGCUCGGUGUGUGUUCAGUGGAGGGACAGGGUCAACAUGUCAGCCUCAGACGGGACCUCAGACUGUCCUCAGGACAUGGAGGGGAUCUGUGUGAUGCCGGAUCUAAGUGCCAUCAAGACGGAGCCCUCGGUGGGGGGCAGUCCGGAGAACACAAACACCCAAAAUGUGGCCAUGGGCAUCAAGUUCAUCCUGCCAAACCGCUUUGACAUGAAUGUGUGUUCAAGGUUUGUGAAGUCUCUGAACGAGGAGGACAGCAAGAACAUCCAGGACCAGGUCAACUCGGAUCUGGAGGUGGCUUCUGUUUUAUUCAAAGCUGAGUGCAAUAUCCAGACCUCGCCCUCCCCGGGUAUCCAAGUGCGUCAUGUUUACACGCCCUCCACCACCAAGCAUUUCUCCCCCAUCAAACAGUCGACCACGCUCACCAACAAACACCGUGGCAAUGAGGUUUCCUCGACACCUCUGUUGGUGCAUUCUCUGUCCAUUCAUCAGCUCGCAGCCCAGGGGGAAAUGGUGUUUCUGGCCAGCAGGAUUGAACAAGAGACUGUGAUCAACCUGCAAGACGAGGAAGGCUUCACCCCUCUGAUGUGGGCCGCUGCACACGGACAGAUCGCUGUGGUCGAGUUUCUGCUUCAGAAUGGUGCUGACCCCAACCUCCUGGCCAAAGGGAGGGAGAGCGCGCUGUCUCUGGCCUGCAGUAAAGGAUACACAGAUAUAGUGAAGAUGCUCAUUGACUGUGGUGUCGAUGUAAAUGAAUAUGACUGGAAUGGAGGAGCCCCUCUGCUGUACGCUGUCCAUGGGAAUCAUGUGCGCUGUGUCGAGAUCUUGUUAGAGAGCGGAGCUGAUCCUACCAUCGAGUCAGACUCUGGCUUCAAUGCGAUGGACAUGGCCGUUGCGAUGGGCCACCGGAACGUCCAACAGGUGAUGGAGGCUCACUUACUGAAGCUACUGAUGGGAAUCAGAGAAUAAACUGUGACACCAGAAGGGACGCCACGCCCGGGCUCUGGACAAUCAUGUAGCGCGCUCUGACUGUUGGACAACAGAAAUAUUACGCUCCAUUAAGUAAUAGUUCUAGUGCAUCACAUCAUCAUCAUCAUCAUCAUCAUCAUCAUCAUCAUCAUCGUGUUGUAAUGAUGUCUGUGAUGGUUUUGCUGUGUGAUUUCAACAUUUCAAUUUAAACCCUCUUUCAUGCAAUUUUGAGUGAAAAUCUGCCCUGACAGAAAUGCAGCGCAGGGUCGAGGGAUUCUCUUUCACUGAGCGUGGAGGUUUUUAAGAGUCUGUGUCCAUUCAAGGCUUUUUUUUUUUGUUUGCGGUGGCUGUGCCUGUUUUCCAAACCCGCCCUGAGCACAAAAAAGACCCUCGACCUAUCAGCUGUUCUUCAUCGCUGCAACUUUUGACAAACUGCUUUGUUGACGGUCACUUCUCCCUCACCGACCAAUCAGCGUCAAGAAGGGGCGGGACUUCUGAUAUCAGCUUUCUCAGCAAUGAUGGAGGAAAUGAAACUAAUGUGACUCGUCUCUUUGAUGGUUCAGUUUACACAGGACAAGAUUUUGUUACUUAAUUUGAUGUUUUCUUGGUGAAAUAAUUUCCUUCAUUCAAGAAUACACGGAGCUAUUUCAAACAGACCGACUAGAAACCAUCAAGGGAAGCAGAAGCCAGCUUGUGUAACCUAGCAACAGUUAACACCAGCAGAAACACUCUGAAACUGAGGCGGUGGGUGCCAACGCAAAAAAAGAAAAAAAAGGCCAUUCAUGGACACAGACUCGUAUUUGUAGUUGAAGUAUUAAUUCUUUUCCUGUCAUGGCAGGUGUGUUUUUUUUUUUUAAACUAACUUAUUAACUGUAAUGAUGGGUGGUCCUCAUUUACCACAUAUCAGAGACUCGUCUAAAGACCACCGAGGGAAUUUAAAAAAUCCAUAGUAACAGAUUUUGAGCUUUUGCUGCUGUGCCGUUUGUUGGUCCUGAUGUGUUUUUGUGUAGACUGUACUGAUUUUAUUUAUUUAUUUUGAUUGUGAUGUGAUGUGACAGUUUUCCCGUUAAGUGUUUUUUUCUUUUCUUCUGUAUUGUGAUACUGUCCUCUGACGUCUUGUGAAUUUUAAACAAACCUCUCGCCUCCUUUUCAACGUCUCCCACGGGAAAACAGUGGACCCGUCUGCCACUGUAAAAGGACGAUUGUGUUUUAUAUCAUAACUCAGAAGUCAUGUGUCAAAAACAAACGUGUAUUUACCUCUGCGUCAUUCUGUAAGAAAGGUCAAAGCACUGUUCAGUCAGUGAAAAGAAGCUGUUAUUUAAUAAAAGAUCUUUUUAAAAACUGCAA